GUGGCACAUCGCCACCGAUCUCUACCUCUCUCCAUGUGCCCCGACCCUGACCCCGGCGACGAUGACGACGGGGAGAUUCGGGAACACAUCAGGGUGCUCUCCAACCACAUGUUGUUCCUCAUGGUGGUACAUCCCUACCUGCUGCCCGGAGUCGUCCGCACUGGCCGGUACAAGGAGAACUUGAAGUACUAUGACUUGGUGUGGUGGGUUAAUCUGAGGUCCACCAAGGAAAGCACCAAGAAACAGCCUAGACCGGAAAUCAUCAAGAAGAUAGCCGAGUGGCAGCUCCCGGCUGAUUCGAGGCACAAGUACGUUUACGGCAUCGGCGACGAAGCCGGGAUGCUGCACGGCAACAGGUGGUGCUUGACCCCCGCCGACGUGCUGCGGGUGAUCGCCGGCGUGUGGGUGGAGAUGCUGUGCUACGCGAGCCACCACUGCGGCCAGGAGUCCCACGGCAAGAAGCUGAGCACCGGAGGAGAGUUCAUGAAUGCCGUCUGGCUCGUCUUGGGGCAUGCCACGCAGUACGACAGGUUCGCGCCAUCUGGUGAGAAGUUGACAGGCGGGUUAGGGCUCAGCAAGCCUGAGCGCAAGCGGAAGCGCCCUGCCACAUGGUCGCGGAUGAUGCCGCCAGAGGCGGAUGUAGGAGGGGCCUACCGAUCCCGGCCACCCGGUGUACCGUUGCCACCCGGUGUUCACCCUGCGUACUGGCCCUUUUUUGAUGUCCAAGCACGCCAAACACCGGCCACGUCAUCUGCAGAAGGACAUCACCAAUAAAUACAGUACAGGAGGGGCAAGCACGGCUUGGAAGCUGAUCAAAAUUGCAUAUGUUUGCUCUCUGUAUAAAGGAUGUCCAGCGGCAUGAAGGACCCAAUUAUUUCAUUCAUUAAAAGAUGCACAAACACAUUGUAUGACACAAACAUUGAGCUUCGAAUGUACUACAAAAUCAAUGAAGCAAGAGCACCAUAACGUAUCAAAAA